UGUAUGUUCACCCUGAAAUGAUUAUAUGACAAAAGGACAUAUUUGACCUUAUUCUUGUCCCACCGACACACACACACACACACACACAUACACACGCUCACACAGUGGAAGUUCUGUCCAGAUUCAGGUUUGGAGCCAGCUGUUGCAAAGUGCUUCGUACUGCCUCUUAAACAGGAAGAUAUGCCACCAGUCAAAAAAGGAAUUCUUGAGCGCCUGAACGCAGGCGAAGUUGUCAUUGGUGAUGGCGGCUUUGUGUUUGCAUUGGAGAAGCGCGGCUACGUCAAAGCAGGGCCGUGGACACCAGAGGCCAGCGUCACUCACCCAGAAGCUGUGCGGCAGCUGCAUAGGGAAUUCCUCAGGUCAGGAUCCAAUGUCAUGCAGACCUUUACCUUCUAUGCCAGUGAUGAUAAACUGGAGAACAGAGGCAAUGACCUACGUCUUUCUGGUCAGCAGAUCAAUGAGGCGGCCUGUGACCUUGCCAGAGAGGUGGCCAAUGAGGGUGAUGCCCUGGUGGCAGGCGGAGUCUCUCAGACACCCUCCUACCUGAGCUGCAAGAGUGAGGCAGAAGUUAAGGACACCUUUAAAAAGCAGAUGGAUGUCUUCAUUAGGAAGAAUGUGGACUUUUUGAUUGCAGAGUACUUUGAGCAUGUGGAGGAAGCAGAGUGGGCUAAACAUGGGAUGUGGGGCAGCGGCCUGGAUAUGCACACAAAGCCCUGGGUCAGAGCCAGGUCACGUCGUGAGUACUGGGAGCAGCUACAGCCAGCCUCAGGGAGGCCCACGUGCCCCUCCAUGUCCAGGCCCGAGGGAUGGGGGGUGACCAAGGGACAUGCUGACCUGAUCCAGCAUAGGGAGGUCACCAGCAAGCAGGAGAUGCAGCACCUGCUGGAGAUGCAGAAGAAAGCCAAAGCCAGUGCCUAAAGCAGGACAGGAACAAAAAUGGGGUCUGGGGAGAUGGUCCAGCACAGAGAUACCUGAGGUUACACCUGCCUGUUUCUUACCAGCUUAAAACAAGAAAAUGAAUGAAUUCCUUCAAGUUUCAACUGUAAGAUUCAAAAGCUCUUGCAACAGCUGGUUUUGCUGUGAGAUAAAGGAAAACACAUACAAAUAAACUGAA